CUCCACUAUCGUCUGUGAUGGUGGGAGAUCAAGAGUGCUGCGGUUUUUCAAGACACUGAUUGACUAUCAGAAACAACAGUUUUCUUCUUCAGAUGGCCACAGAGACAAUUGUUGCCUGUGAAAACAUCAUAACUUUCUUUAAAAAAGCAGAAAUAAUACUUUGGUUGGAAAUAUGUGUUAAUCACGUGAUGAGAGGCAGAUCUUGUGGACAUUCAUUUUCAUGUUUUACUCAUAUAGAGUUUGCACUGGCAUUGAGCGGUUGUGAAAUAGUGAGUGAGUGUUGACUGGUUGUGUCUUUGCUAUGGUGAUGUCAGUCAGAAUGGCUCCUCCUCUUCCACUGAUUCUUCUUCUCAUGAUUCAAGGAGUUUAUAGUGCUGAUAGUUGGAGUGUGACUUACAGCUCUUCACACAUCUGUGCACUAAAGGACUCAACAGUGACAAUAAACUGCACUUACAAAUACCCUACUGGAUAUAAGAUCACAGAAGUGUUCUGGACCAACACUGACAGUUCUGAUCCUCCAAAUUUGUUUAAGGACUCUGAAUACAGUGAGAGGAUUCAGUAUCUGGGAGAUAAACAGCACGACUGCAGCGUCAGACUGACUGAUGUGAGACACACAGAUUCACACGAGUACUAUUUCAGAUUCAUCACUGAUAAAGAUAAAUGGACUGGUGCACCUGGAGUGACUCUUGAUGUCACAGAUCUUCAGGUGGAGUCUGAAGGUGAGAGAGUGAACGAGGGACAUUCAGUGAAUCUGACAUGUAAAAGCAGAUGCAGUCUGACUGACACAUCAACAUUCAUCUGGUUUAGAAACACACAGACAUUAAAUGACACAAACAAGAAACUCAUCCUGCCGUCAGUUAGAAGAGAGAAUGCAGGUGACUAUAGCUGUGCUGUACAGGGACACAAUCUCACAUCACCUCCUCAACGUCUCAAUGUCAUCUAUCCUCCAGAUAAACCUGUGAUCUCCAUCAGUUCUUCUGGUGUAAUAGUGGAGGGUGAUUCAGUGAAUCUGACCUGCAGCAGUGAAUCAAAUCCACCUGUUCACAUCUACAGCUGGUUUAAAGAGAAUCAAACAUCAUCUGUUGGAUCUGGUCAGACGUUCAGCAUCAGUAACUUUAAUUCAAGUCUCAGUGGAUGGUUUUACUGUGUGGCUCAGAAUGAAGUUGGAUCUCAGAGAUCAGAUGAUGUUUCACUCACUGUUAAAGGAGGAAAUGACAGAGUUCUGUAUGUGGUUGCUGGCGUUGCGACUGGUUGUGGAGGUUUAAUCUUCAUUCUCAUCGUUGUGUUUGUGUGUUACAGGAAGUGCAAACACAGGCCUGAUGACAUCAGACAAAAGCAGGAUAUUAUACAUUCCACUGUAACAGCGAGAGUCUCAGGGUCUGAAUCAAGAGAUCCUGAAGAGAUCCAGUACGCAACUGUCCGGCAUCUAAGAUUCAAAGACAUGAAGACAUCAGAAGAGACUGAAGACGUCUAUGAGAAUUCUGCAAUUCAACAGCUCGAUGCGUCUGAGAGAUCUGAUGUCCAAACAAUGGAGGAUCAGUCUGUGAUUUACAGUACAGUCAAAUGCAAAUGAUCUGGAUCUAUGGACCCAGGAAAAAAAAACUUGAUGGUUUUGUUUUUGGCUUAGUUUAGUUUACUGGAAGCUUUUCAAAAGAGGUUAUAGUGUCACAUUUGCUCUGUGUAUGAUAACUGCAGAUUAUAAUUUAAGAUAAUGUCUGUAAUGUUUGACACUUUUUAUUUCUGUUCUUGUUCACAUUUGU